CGUGAUCCUGUUUUCAGAAUAUGUUGCCAAAAACAGUUCAUCUGUGGUUAUUUGUGUCGUCAUAUUGGGAUGUGUUUCGAAAUGGCAAGGUGUUUACAGUAUAUCAAACGCCUUUAACGCAACAAAAUUUCUCCUAGAUCCACUAUCCCAACAGUGUCAGGAUUUCAGAUCCUUGUGUUGCCUCAAGACAAUUUGUUAAUCAAUAGUAAUCAAAGUUCGCCCUCAACGAUAACCAAUACCGACUCUUGGCAUGAUGAGUUCUUUGCAAAAAAAUCCAAGAAAAACCAUUCAUAGAAAUAUCUAUGCCACUGAGGCCAUUAAGUGUGUCCUUCCUGCGAAGGUGGAAAGUGUCGAGUAUAAUCCCCAAUGGUAUUAUAUUGCUUGCCCAACCUGCAAUAAAACAGUACAUCCAGUUGAAAACGAAUCUGACGAUGGGAGUCCUCCUCUGUUUGAUUGUAGUAAGUGUGAUAAGCUUGUUUCUGCUAUAGCUAGAUAUAAGCUUGUCCUUCGUGUUAUUGAUGACUCGGAAGAACAAUUGAGGUUUAUAUUCUUUGAACCAGUUGCAAGUGCCUUUUUACGUAACUCCGCCGAUAUGUUAGCUAAUGAAGUUGCUGGGCAACCACCCUCCGUUUUGCCUCAAGCUCUAGCCGCUCUGGUCGGAAAACGUGUUCUUUUUAAAACUGGUAUAUCUCCUAACAACCUGAAGAGCACCAAAGCAUCUUACAGAGUCGAGAUAAUUAUUGAUGAUGAGGACAUGCUUGCAGAGUUUGAUGAUUAUUCUUUACCAGCGAUUUUCUGUAUUUAGCCGGUGAAAGUUGUUGAUGAACUACAAAUAUCAAAUGAUGGUCCGGUCAUGACGCCACCGUUGGUUGGAAGAGGGACUCUGAUUUGGAUAUUCAAACACCCGAAACUAAUGAGAAGGAUGGGAGUGAUAAGCGGGGAAGGAUAACUACUAUUCAGAAGUGAAUUUUUCAAGCGUUUUAAUUUUUAAAAAGGUGUUUUGGAUUUAGUUUAGAUUUUA